AUCCCUUCAGUUUCUUUCACUAAGGAUGACAUUUCAGAACUCUCCUCGCGUUUUAGUCUCGCUUUGGUCGCAAAGUUCCAUCGUCGUCCAUCGUUCACUACGAUGAACAAAUUUUUGCAGAAGUUGGGCCUCAAGGGAGGGUUUGAUAUCUCUCUUCUUCAUUGCAACAGUUUCCUCCUCAAUUUUAGGGAGGAGGAGGACUACCUACGUCUCUUCCUUCUUAGAUCCUGGCAGACCUUCCUAUCCACCUUCAUGACAAGCGAGCCCUACACCUUAUCGCCUCCACUGUGGGUACCCCUCUGAAAGUGGACUCCUGUACGAUGAAUUUUUCCAGGCCAGCACUAGCCAGGUGCUGCGUAGAGGUGGAUAUCUCCAAUCUUCCCCCGGCCAGAAUACUUAUCAAUCAUGGAGGUGAGGAACUUAUUUUCCCUUUCCUUUAUGAGGAUGUUCCCCUUUUUGCAAGGGGUGCAGGAGGACUGGGCAUGAUCUGGAAACAUGUAAGCAUAGGAGGGAAGAGGCGGUCACCCCUUACCGGAAAACAGUGGAGGUGCCGGAGAAGAGGGAAGACCAUGCAGUGGAUCCGAAUAUUGGAAAGUGGCAAAAGGUUAAAUCCAAAAAGGGUAAAGCCAAGAUACCUGUGGAACCAGCACAUAAGAAAGAGUGGCAGGCCAGAUCUUCCAAUACUUCACAUGAUGUGUGGAAGGAAGGUCCAUGAGAAACUUCCAAAACCCAGGCAGGUCCAAUUGACCCCAGCCCAAGCUGUGUUUUCACCAAUGAGGCUAAAGAAGUAAAUUCCAAAAUCUCUCCUGGGACCUAUUCCAUCACUGACCCACUCUUUCUCUUAGCUCUCACUCUUCAUCACCGCAGUGAUUAUGUGGUAAGAUCUCCUAUCCUUUUAGAAACUUCCACAUUCAAUGAAGACUCUGAUGAUGUUGAUGAUAGUUUGGCCUUAGUUCCUUUCACUGGUAUCCCUAUUGAUGGUGAACCUGAAGUGGGGUUAUAUGUGGAUCCUCAAUCUAUCACUGACUCAGUCCACAAGCUGGACUCCUUCCUGAAUUUAAAUGAGUUUCCACCAUUGCCAACAAAGGAGGCCUCCCGUCAGGACCAGAUCCUCACUGCCCCCACACCUAGAACUAAGGAUCGUCAUCACGCCAUGGUUACUAGAUUUAUGGCUUCAAACAGCUUCUCUCCCCUCCUUUCUCCAUGAAUGGACUUUUUUGGAACGUUAGGGGUGUACAUAUUUCUCUCUCACGCCUCAUUUCCCUUGUCAAAAAAUAUAAUUUUUACUUCAUGUCUCUUAUUGAACCUCUAGUGGAACCGGGAAGGUUGGAGUGGUACAAGCUCAAACUUGGUCUCACAAAAGGUUUUUCUGCUCUUAAUAAUAAACUCUGGUUCCUCUGGAAUGAAAACCUCCUCCUCUUCAGGCAGUUAUUGAGGAAGACCAGAUUCUCUCUUGCUGUUUCAAGUCUUUGCAAACUUCAGUUUCUUUCUGGGUGUCUAGUGUAUAUGGCAAACACACUAGAGCUGAGCGUGAAGGUUUAUGGGGCUCCCUUCGUAAUCUUUACCCAGUUCAAGGCCCUUGGAUCGUUGGAGGGGAUUUCAAUACUGUUGCUAAUAUCUCUGAACAUAAAGGGGUGGUCUGCCCAGAUUCAAAUAGCAUGGCUGAUUUUUCAGUGGCUAUUUCAGAUUGUGAACUUAUCUCUCCCAACUUUAUUAAUAGCCAAUUUACUUGGUUUGGAAAUAGGAGGAGAGGUAGAGUGAGCAGAAGAUUAGACCGGAUCCUUACAAAUGAAGAAUGCUUGGAUUUCUUCCAAACCAUUGAAGUAAAGCACCUUGGCAGGG